AUGUCGAUGACCAUCGAAGACUGCGCUGCUGUGCGCCAGCCGAGGCCCGUGCCUGACACGCCGACCAACGUGCUCGAACAGUUGAGCAUGAAGGGCAAAGUCGUCGUCGUCACCGGCGCCAGCGAUGGUCUUGGGUACGCUGCAGUCGAAGCCGUUGCCGAGGCAGGUGCAGACGUCGCCCUCUGGUACAAUUCGAACGACGUUGCCAUCCAGAAGGCCGAGCAACUCGCCAAGACCCACUCGAUCCAAGCCAAGGCCUACCAAUGCGAGGUCUCCCAAGUCGACCACGUCCGUGCUUGCAUCGACAAGGUCGUUGCUGACUUUGGCCGCAUCGAUGUCUUUGUCGCAAACGCCGGAAUGGCCAUCUCCAAGCCGAUCCUUGAGCAGACCGUCGAGGAAUACAAGCGACAGAUGGAGGUCAACGUCGAUGGCGUCUUCUACUGCGCCAAGUACGUCGGCGAGGUCUUCAAGCGUCAGGGCAAGGGCAACCUCAUCAUCACCUCGAGCAUGUCGGCUCAUAUCGUCAACGUCCCAGUGGACCAGCCCGUCUACAACUCCACCAAGGCUGCAGUCACCCAUAUGGGCAAGUCGCUUGCCAGGGAGUGGAGGGAGUUUGCCCGAGUGAACAUUGUCAGCCCCGGCUUUUUUGACACAAAGCUCGGAGCAAGCCCCCGCUGCAUCAACGAGGCCUAUCGCAUGUCAGCGCUCGGAAGGCAAGGCCAUGUCAAGGAGAUCAAGGGCCUAUUCCUCUAUCUUGCCAGCGACGCCUCUUCUUAUCAGACGGGUAGCGAUACCCUGAUCGACGGAGGCUACACGCUUCCUUGA